AUGUCUCUGGUGAUUCAAUUUCUGUCCCAGAUCCGGAACUUUAUACGCAAACAAGAUGGGGACUCUCUGCGGUCCUGGUUGCAAGUCGGCCCCAAUUCGCCCAGGCAGUAUCAUGAGUUGCGCGCAGAACUUCGCAACCAAUAUCGCCAGUCGGGCCUAGACAACAUCAUUCAGAAGUGUCUGCCUGACGAUGAGGACGAUGAAGUAGAGGGCGAGGCCGUACCAUGGCCCAGUCUUGUCACUUUCAUCAAGGAAUACUUCACCUUCUGGAGGGACGCCGACUACGAUGCUGAUCUCGUCCGCACACAUCAGCUGUUGAGUACUCUUGUGAGCUCUUGCGCCACCGCGUUGACGCAUCCAGCAUACGGAGCCAUGCUACUCAAAACAAGCAUGUCGUUGUCAGACGUCCUUGCCCGAUUGACAAUGACGCUCAACAGGCGUCCCGAGCUCACUCGCCAGCUGCGUACUAGCAAUGACGACGAGAGCCGUAAAUCUAUUGCUGAGUCCUCGGCCGAGAUCAUCCAGAAGAUCUUCACCGCAUGCUUGAAUGACCGGUCUAGUGAUCGAUCAAGCCCUCCCAAGGGCAAAAGGGUGGCCAUCUACAUAUUUGCCAACCUUGUCCUCAAGCUUCUUUUCGCCUGUCGGCGGAUACACCUGGCCAAAAUGAUAUUCUUCAACUUGGGCGCCAACUCUCCCCCUCUAUCCCUCUACCCAGCCGCCCAGCGCGUUACCUUUCUCUAUUAUCUCGGCCGCUUCAGUUUCUCAAGCGGAAACCACUACCUCCGAGCAGCAAACUGCCUCGAAGCAGCCUACCUCCAAACCCCGCCUCGCUUCACCUCCCACCGCACCAACAUCCUGACAUACCUCAUCGCCGCCAACAUCCUCCUGGGCCGCUUCCCCUCCGCCAGCCUCCUCCAGCGCCCGGAGUCCAGGACCCUCGCCCCCAUCUUCUUCCCCCUGUGCGCGGCCCUCCGCGGCGGCGACUUCAUCAGCUUCCAGGCCCACCUCGCCGAGCACGAGGACUGGCUCCUCGAGAAGGGCCUCCUCGUACCCCUCACCCACAAGCUCCGCCCCCUCCUCUGGCGCUCCCUCGCCCGCAAGACCUUCCUCCUCACCUACGUCCCCCCAACCGACUCCGCCUCCCGCAAGGCCGCCACCCUCGACGUCGCCGACCUGCACGCCGCCGCCGUCUACGUCCAGCGCCGCCUCGAGGGCUGGGCGCUCGCGAACAACACGCAGGAGGACCCGGGGACCACCCUCGUGCCCCCGCCCGCCGGGAGGCCCAGCAGGCUGCGGCCCAACGAGGGGCUCGUAUGGGGCAACGCCGAGGUGACGCCCGACCACGUCGAGCUGCAGCUGGCCACCCUCGUCGAGGAGGGCCUGAUGCACGGGUUCAUCGCCCACGGACAGGGCAGGUUCGCCAUCAUUGGCGCCAAGGCCAAGGGGCCCGUCGCCGCGGGCUGGCCGAGCGUGUGGCAGUCCAUACAGGAGAGGAGGUACGAGGAAGACUACAACCCAGAUGAUGUGCCUGGGUGGGUUCGGGUUUGA